AUGGGCUCUGAUCCCUGUUGCUGCAGAUGCGGUGCCGGCACGAAGACUGGCUCUGCGGCCCUGUGGGACGAUGGAUGGUGGUUCUGGAUCAAAGAUGCAACAGAGGAAUGGUGUACUGUUCUGAAGCUUUGGCAACCCAUGAGUAGCUGGCUUCGACAGCAGUUGAACGCGAGCAGUUCAAAUGCGACGAAAAUCUAUUGUGAACGUUGCUGGAAGGUGUGGGGUCGAUAUGUGAAGCCAGGCUGUCAGCACGCGUUGAGCAGCAAAUGCGAGGAGUUGGCAAAUAGACUGGGCGUCGAAAUCAACGAUGAUGAUAACUGCCAUAGGCAGAAGAGCAACCCGUUCAAGUGCAAACUGUGUGACCGGCUCCUCAACGCAGGAACAUUGUAUUCGCACUUACAGUUUCAGCAUUCCUCGUGCCAGCAAACAUGUAAGCCAGUCGGCGGUCAAGUUAGCCUACAACCCAGAGUAGAUCUUACUCAAGCUGAUGUUCAGCCAGUUGUCCCAACGUCUGGCGCACCCACAGUAGAUCUUACUCAGACUGCUCGUGCGCAGCCAGUUGUUUUCAAGUCGGGAUCGCCUGCCUGGCGCCAGCCGAAACGCAAGCUGGCAGCCACUCCAAUCAGCCUGCAAGACGACGCUCAAACUGCUGACGUUCCACCAGUCGUUCGUGUUUCUGGUUGUUCGAGUACCACAGCCAGUCGAAUCAUUAAGGGAACCUACACCAGAAGUGAGUGGCACCACGGGAAGCCGGUCUACAGAAAGGUUCGAGAGGAUGGUGACGAGAUCGCAGUACUCAUUUUCUACUGGGACGGGAGGGAUGACCCCUCCUUCCAAGGCUGGUGGUUCGCCCCCAAAGUCGGAUCCGAGAUGGUUUGGGCGCACUGUGAGACAGCAGUUGAGAGCAGGUCGCCCCCUGUCUCUGGCUGGAAAGUGCCAUACGAUGGGCAUGUCGACAACGAGUUGAAGAUCACGAAGGACAGUGAGCCAGACAAGGCUCUUGCUGUCGAAGGUGUUUGGGAGUUCUUGUCGAGCGAGGUUGGCGGUGCAGAGGACUGGCAGCCAAUGAGCUACGAGAUGCAGAAGUCGCUUGAGGAUUGCUGGGCCAGAGGCUGGAAAGGUCAUAACGGUUCCGACAUACUUCAUGUUAGGGCGAAUGGCUAUGCUUAUCGCAUCGACUGCUCCUGCAUGGUUCAGUGGAACGUGAAGACGAACCGCAGACGGCCUAUCAGGAGGCAACAGAAGAACGACGAGGCAGCUUUGUCUCAGCUUGAGGGCUUGAAAAACGAGAUCAGAAGGCACGUGGAUGAGAAUGCUGCUUUGACGAGCAAGGUGGUAGAUUUGGAAGCACAACUUCUGCAGCUCAAGGCGGUUCAAUCUCGAGCAGAGCAUACUGCUCUCAUGACUCUGCAGGAGCCAUGGCGCAUGAGUCGUCAGCUGGACAUGACGAUGCGGGUGGAGGUGCACCCAGAAGACGGACUGUUCGCUGCUUUGCAGAAAUCCCUCCUUUCUGCCUUCCCUUCUGGUCACCAUGGUGAGUGCAGUGCCGGUCGCGGUCUCACCAUCACAAGAGUUGAGCAAAUCCAGAAUAUCCGACUUUGGAAGAGCUACGAGUUCCGUAAAGAACAGGUCAAGAAGGAGUUGGAAGGCCAAACAUGUCCACGGAUCUCUAGCAGUUUCUCCUCCUGCCAGUGGGCCAAGCUAGACCCCACCGUGAAUGAGGUCUUGGUGCUGCACGGCACCGUGCCAGACAACGUCGACCUCAUUGCGAACUUCGGUUUCGACGAGCGUCUGGCACGGGAAAGAGGGCUCUAUGGCCAAGGAGUCUACUUCACAGACCAGACUUGCAAGGCCUUUCAGUACUCCGGCGCCAGCAAGCAAGGCAAUGGCUGCUUCAUCAUUACACGCCUGAUACUUGGCGACCCACACUAUGCACAAGGCCCCCUGCAAAAAACUAAGGUGGAGCCACUGCGGGAUCCGAAGGAUCCAUCGAAAGGUCGCUGCCAUUCUGUGAUCGCCUCCUCAGGCACACCGUCCGGCAACGGUGCAAGGCAAGUCCACCGGGAGCUCGUGAUCUUCAAUGGCGCCCAGGCCUAUCCCGAGAUGAUCGUUCACAUCCGGAAAUGA